GGGGGAAAAAUCCCUAGAAUUUUCAGUCUGCUUCUUUUCUGUGCAAGUUUUCCUUCUCCACCCAACAACAACCCACCCCAUCCCUACAACUUCUUGGCCCAACAACCGACCUUUCUCCGUUCAAGAUCUGCUUCUUCUCCUUGUUCUACCUCAGUUCACUCUGCAAAUGAACCCUAGAUUUCCUUCUCCGCCUCAACAAUAAUGCAUUCAUUUCCUAAACACUUCUCCUGGCGAACUCGACCCUCCAGAUUAAUGGUCUUGAUUAUCUCCUGCUUGCUCCUCUAUGCACUCUCCGCCUUUAUCUUCACCCUCACUGAAUUCUUCAAUCUCAGUCAAAGAGCCUACCGUUGUCGCACCGUCGAUCCAAGAUUUGUCAAAGUUGUUUGGGAUCAGAAGAGUAAUUCUGGUAAUGCAAAAAAUGGUAAUGAUGGGGAAAAUGGUUUGGGAAAUGGUAAUGGAUUGAAGAGGCACAAGGUGAUGGCUUUUGUUGGGAUACAGACUGGGUUUGGAUCCAUAAUGACCAGCCUCUGUUUGUGCGAGAUCUUCUUAUUCUCCGCUCAACGACUGGUCGUGCAAGAUCUUAAGUCCAGUUGGCAUGCCACAUAUUGAGGGGUGUAACGAAUUAUAGCGGGCAUCAUGUUAGACUUAACGGAUGGGUAGGAUUUCAUCAAAUUGGGUCCUUAUUUGAGAGUUUGCAUGAGUUUGAGACCUUGAUUACGCAUAAUAAACGUUGAGGACCUUAAUUGAGAAUUUGGUAAAUGUUGGGGUCCUUUCCAAUACUUAAGCUUUUAUUAAAGAUAUUUUUGUUUU